AUGCAAGACCAUACAAAUAAAUAUGUUGCUGUGACUAAUGACCGGAACGAGCAAGGGCAAGGCAGUCACUGGAAAAUUACAGGCAAAAAAUCAGAUAAAAACGACGACAGCAAAAAGAUAACCAGCUAUGAUGAAGGCAUGUCUAAACCUGCAGUCAACUCAGCUACAAUUGGCGAUGCAAGUGAAGAAGAUACAAAUUUAUCAUGGUGCGACCACAACAGCUACAGUGUUUUGGAAGAUCUGAACGAAUCAUGUCACGUGAUUGACGAAAGGCAACCAACAUUCGACGGGUAAGCAAAGCAAAACAAGCUGAAGUGAAGUCUCCCUCGGCAAGGAAACGAAAGACUGUUAUCGUUGGAGACUCGAUAGUUAAAGGUCUACAACAACAUAAGCUAGCGAGGGCGGCGACGCAGGAUGUUACUGUUAAGUGCUUUCCAGGAUCUACAGUAGGCGACAUGAGUGAUUAGGUUAAACCCAUUUUAAGACGAAAGCCAGACAAUAUUAUUCUACACGUGGGAACAAAUGAUACCUCCAAAAGAAAAGCGACUGAAAUUAUGAACGAUAUUGGUAGAUUAUGCCAAGAAAUUAAAGAAGCGGCUCCUGAUGUCGAAAUAAUACUGUCAGAAUUGACGAAACGAGAAGACAACGAGAAAGCCAAACAAACGGUAAAUGAGGUAAAUAAAUUGUUAGAAAACUAUUGCACCGCAACUAAUUUAAGCUUAAUAGCGCAUAAUAACAUAACGAACACGUCGCUAAAUACAGUAGAUCUCAUUUACAUCUGAACAGAUAUGGAUCCUCCAUUUUCGCAAGGAAUAUUAUUAA